GCGCGGGAAGAAAAAAAACACAUCGCACGUGCGAGAGAGAAGCACAAGAGCGUGAGGGAGACGGCGGCAGUUUCGGCGAUCAACGAAACUAGUGUGUGGCGAUACGCGGCACACUGAUAUACACGAAGGCAGGGACGAAGAUAAACGUGCUUGGUGCUUCUGGUCGAUCGUCGCCGUUGUGUGCCGCUGCGAUACCGUUCCGGUGUGUUCCGGUGGUGGCUGUCGUUAGAUACGAGUGCGCGUGACUCGGUAGUGACAUUCAUGUUGGAUUUCGGCCGGCGAGAAAAGUGCGGAUCACGCGGCCGUCGCCGUCCACGAUAGAAUUUAAAUGAAUCGGCGGGACGGACUGGUGUCAUCGUGCGUCGGGGACGGGAGGACACGUUCGACAAGAUCGCGCGUACAAAGGGGAGCGGACUGAUGUUGUAACGUACGGGCCAAAAUGGAAGAGCAAAGCGUUCACGGCAGUAUCGGCGAUAUAAAUAGUGCGGAGGCGGCCAAAACCUUAAUAAUACCACGCAAAAAGAGGAUAUGCUUAGUUGGCACAGUCUGCGAUGAUCCUGCACUUAAUGUUGCUGCUCAGCAAUUUAAAGUAUCUGUACUUAAGUCUGAGACUGGCACAGAGUAUAUUGAAGAUACUACCUACAAUACGUACUUCAUACUCAAACAAUUUGAAGGAUCCGAGUAUGACACUUUAUGCAAGAGUGCUCAUAGAGUACUGGGACCUACAGCUUUGCUACAACUGGCAGAGAAGAAAGAAUCUCUGCCUAGCAUUAAAAGACCAAUGUAUACACAAGCUAUGGUAGGCACAGUAGUGGUUUUUAGUGGUUUUCGAGCUAGGGAGGAUGAACUGCGCAAGUUAGCUAACAUGAUUCUAAAUAUGGGAGGUAGCAUCCGAAAAGAAAUGGGUAUUAAAGUGACGCAUCUAAUUGCAAAUCAUUGCAGUGGAGAGAAGUAUAGAUACGCUGACACAUUUGGAUUACCCAUUAUGUCAGUGGAGUGGGUGAUAGCAUUGUGGAAUGCCAAAGAUGAUGUUUCCAGUUAUGCAAACAGUGAAGAAUUAAUAACUACUUAUAAGCUAAAACCAUUUUACGGAGCAAAAGUAUGUUUUUCUGGCUUUCCCGAAGAAGAGAAAAAACAUAUGUGUGAGAUCUUGGAGCAACAAGGUGGUGAAGCUACUGAAAUCGAUGAUCCAUAUUGUACUCAUGUGGUGGUAGAUGUGCCUGGCUCUUUGUACGGAAAAUUCAACACAAAAUUAUCUGAUUUUAAAAAUUCGUCCAAACAAAGUCCACUUUCCUUAAUGUACUUUAAACCAGUUUCCUCUUCUUUUUGUAAUCCUAAUUUAAACGCGAUUUCUGAUAGAACAAGAGUCACUUGUGAUGACAGUAACAUAUCAAGAAUUGAUAGAACAAAUUCUAUAAAAACUCAAGACAGCUAUUAUUCGUCAAAAAAUAUGUCGUGUAUUUCACAAACAUUCGAUACAGAACAUAAUACAUGGAGUGAUCUGAUUUCUAAUAACGUCAGCAAAGAUUCUGCUGUCAGUAUGAAUGAUAAUUCUACAGAUCUGCAAAAUUCAAUUAUUAAAUCUGGCAGUAUAUUUCAUCCCUUCGCAGAGCAAAAUGAUUCCGGUGUAGACAUAAUCAGAUCGUCUAAUUUAUCUAACACAUUUUUGUCGGACAAAUGCUCAAUUCCAAUAACAUCGACAUUGAUAAGCAAAAAGAACAUGAAAUCAAAUUAUUCCGAAAGUUCUUUAUUUAAUAACGAAUGUGAAAUUGCGUCAAUCCUUUCAGUACAAUCAGAUGAUGUAAAGUCGUCUCAUGAAAAAAAUUAUGUAUACAACGUUUGUGCAUCACCAAAAAGUAAUAAUGCGCUAUCUUUGAAAUAUCGUAAGAAUAUUCAUUACAUACAGAAUAAUACGUCAAUGACUAAGAUAACUCCAAAGCGAUAUGUAAAGUGGAGGAAAACUUAUUCUUGCACAUCUGUCCACAAAAUGGCGAAGCUUGAAAAGUAUAAAUUUAUGAAGACACGUUCCUACCCAAGCAUUCUGAGACAUUGUGAAGAGCAAUACAGCGAUACAUUCUUAUACAAUAUAUUGGAUGAAAGAAAUAAGAAUUUGUCUAAAUCACACACAUCUAUUUUUUCAAAAAUUAGCCAGUUUUCUUUCUGUCCAGUAUUUUCUGAAAAUGAGCACGACACUUCCAUCAAUUCAUGCUAUUCUCCUCCCGAGAAGACUCUCUUCAAGAAAAAAUACACAUCCUUAUCCAAAUCUUUUCCUACAACGCCUACAAAGAUUUCAAAUACUAAACACAGUUUAAGAACAACUUUUACACCUAAUGGGAAACAAUGCAAUGUAUCAUCCACAUCACAUGACAUGAGAAAUGAUUGCACAGACUUGAAGACACAGGAGGAUAAACCAUUACUUGUGGUUGUAGAUGAAUCCAAUGUAAACGUAUUACCUAAUUUGGUCUCAGUAUCGGCUUUCAUAGUAAAGACCGGAUGGUUUUGGACAUCUGUACAGAAUGAAGCAGCAGCUGAUGAGAAAGAAUAUCUGUUUGAACAUUAUCUAGAAGCGGUUCUGUCUCCUACUGCAUCUGGUAGAAGAGACAGUCAACAGAUUGUACUUCAAAAUGUAACGUUGCCCAAACAUCCCUGUUGGUUGGGCGGUCCAUUGUCUAAUUUAUUGCAAAAUGGAGCGGACUCGCCAGCCAGUGUCAGUGGAAGCUUCCUAGAUUGCACAGCAAGUCCAGAUAAACAAUUACUAGAUGAUAUUCCAGAGGUAGAAGCUGUUGCUACAGAAAGUGUUAGAGAAAACUUGUCGCAACGGCAUCAAGUAUUUCUCGAGUUAGUAGAGACAGAAGCGAAUUAUGUCGGCAUUCUCAACACAAUUAUGACGCUAUUUAAACUACCAUUGGAAAACCUUAUAGGAAAGAGUGGGAAAGAAUUGUUAAACAGUACAGAAGUAAAAAUUAUAUUUGGUAACUUUCCACCUAUCUAUGACGUUCAUAGACAGUUGUUAGAAGCCCUGCGUUAUAGCGCCGCUCACUGGACAGAAGAUAUUAGUAUCGGCAACAUAUUUCUGAAAUUCGAACCAGAUUUGGUUAAAGCAUAUCCCCCAUACGUUAACUUUUUCGAAAACACAAAACAGAUGUUGGAGGAGUGUGAUCAAAAUAAACCACGAUUUCACGCCUUUUUGAAGAAUUGUCAGACGAUACCAGAAUGCGGUAGACAAAGUUUAAAAGAACUGUUGAUUAAACCAGUACAAAGGUUACCCAGUAUUAGUUUAUUAUUAAAUGAUAUUCUUAAACAUACCGACGAAAAUAAUCCAGACUAUGGCGCGCUGGCAGCUUCUAUUUGCUGUAUUAAGAAAGUUAUGACGUACAUAAAUGAAGACAAAAGGAAAACGGAACGCCAGUUAGCAAUGUUCGAUAUCUUCAAUGAAAUUGAUAAUUGCCCACCGCAUUUAGUUUCUUCGCAUAGGUCGUUUAUUAGCAAAUGUGACGUAAUGGAAGUUACGGAGGGUCUUAGUGGACGGGGUGAUCAUUUAGUGUUGUUUCUAUUCACCGAUACUCUUGAAAUAUGCAAGAAAAGAUCGAAAGCUUUUAACUCGUUGAAGAGCCCUAACACGAUAAAUGGUUUGCAAUCGAGUAAACUAAGUCAAGGAAAGCCAUAUAAACAUAUCAAAAUGUUGUCGCUUAGUACUAUACGAAAAGUCGUGGACAUACGAGAAACUGACGAAUGUCACAAAGUGUUUGCACUCGUAGUACGAGGCGCUCAAGAACUGAAAGAAAAGUUAUUUUCGUUUGUAAUUACGGAUGAAGAAGUAAACAAAACAAAUUACUUGCAGACCUUGUGUAGACAAAUGGCUCUUGCCGUUCGUGUAGCCGAUGCUGACACAUUACUCAUUCGAUAUGAUUCUCAUCAGCUUGAAGUUGGUACCAGCGAUGUAGCAUCAGGAACAUUAAAGAAAACAAUUAAGAGCCUAUUUCAUAAUUUUUACCUGGAGUAUAUGGACCCGUAUGUGUUCCUACUCAAUAGCAUGUGUGAAACCACGUUACAUGUCCCACUACCGUUUGCAUCUCGUACAAGAGCGAGAGUUGGCCGAGCGUUCAGUUUUAAUAAAACACCAAGUAAAUUAAACAGAGCGAUGUCUACAAUUAUGUCGCCAUUUGGAACAGCGCAUAAUCUUGCUCCAACAAACCAACAAAUAGCUCAAAUGCGGCUAGGUAGCUGCAACAAUAUCAGUGAGCUGGAUAAUGGUGGUUCAAGUUCUCCAAAUAGAGAUGAUGUUCUAGUAGCACCGAUGUCGGAUCAACCGACGCGAAAGGCCCUCAGUAUGGCUUCGCUGCGAAGGUUAUAAUUAGUGUCAAGAAGUCAUACUUCCUUUUGCUAUAGUCCUUUAGUAUUCUGAACAAAGAGACGUGCAUUUUUAACAAACCACUGUGAAUUUGUUCAGCGGGAGUUAUACAGAGGAAGCCUGAGUUAUAAAACAAUUAAUCUACGGCUCUAUUUCACUUCGAACAUUUUUGUUAUCAACGCAAAUAAAUACUACAAUAGUGCAGACUUUACGAAGCUUACAAAUGUUAUAAUCCAGAUUUUCAAGCAAAAUCAAAUUUUGGAGAACAAGUCUGGUGUAUGUGCAAAACAUUUAAAUAUGGAGAUGAAAGCAUUACCGAACACGAAUGGUCGAAUAUAUACCAUGUGCCAAUAUAGCCAUGUAAAUAACACAAAUGUAUAUGCUUAAACGCUUGGCUUGUGAGAUUUAUCCGAUCGCACAUGCUAAUCUUGAAAAUGUUAUCGACUAUCCAUUAAUCCAGCUAAUUAAGCAAUUGAAUGAAGAAACAUAUUGCGAAUAAUAUUAUUACUUAUUUAUGGAGGAUAAUGUAGCAUACAGUAGAUGUAUCAUAGCCAAGGUCAUCACGAUAUUGAUUAAGUUCCUUUUUGAUAAGAAAAAUUCAAUAUGUGAUAAAUAUUAAUUCGAGGAUUGCCGGAUGUAUACUGUACUGUAGUAAUCCUUAAAGUUUUUACAUCACUUCACUAAACGAAUAUUUUAUAGUUGUGUAUCGUUUCGCUAGAAACCGAUUUUAUACAACAUUAAUUAUUAACAAUCCCCGAAACUUGCGCUUACCUGGUACGAUAACAUCUUGCCAUUAUAAUUCUAUUUGUGAAAUUAUUACAAGCUAUAUAGAGCGUGAGAUUGUUUACGGGUUUAUCAACACGUAUUCGUUGUAUUAUAUUGUACGGUAAAGUCGAAUAAUGUUAAACGCUUUAGUUUGCCUUGAUCAUACAUUUCGACUUUACAUCAGCAUUUUCUUAACAGUCCGUUUUGCGAAUUAAUCGAUUAAAAUUUAUUUACUUUUACAUCAGGCACAAAGUGAAAAAAAGAUUAAAUAUUUUAUUUAACUGCAAAAUAAUUGUUUGCUUAACAGAAAAUUGUAGGUACAAAAUUAUUUUCUUUCCGCGAUUUUUUUUAUUUUACUUGUAUAAAAUAACAGUGGUAUUGCAAAUUAAUUAAAGGAAGCUGAUGAUCAAGCUUUAUCAUUUUUAUAAUCUUCCGAACUAUAAUUGAUUUCUUUGUAUCAUUUACAUAUAUGUUAUGGAAAAAAAUCCUGCAUUACAAUAUCAAUAUAAUAUUGAUAAAUAUAUUUUUGGACCAUUGUAUUAAUUGAUUAAAAAAAGAUACAACGACAAUUACAAAAGACUGUAGAGAAGACAGAAAAUGAAAAUGGUUUCAGUCAUUGUUUAUAAAAGCUUACGGUUUUAAUGCAAUUUUAUAUUGCUGAUUAUAUUCUGCCAUCUUUUAUGGUAAAUAUGCUUUGUGCCUUAAGUACGAUGAAGUAUGAAUAAAAUUUGUAUUGUAUGAUGUACUUUGCGUAUGCGUGAUUCGAAACAAGUUAAUUAGCGACAUAGUUUUUCUCUUGAUUUGUCGAGGUUCUUUGGUAAUGCCUCGUGUUGUACGACUUGUGUUAGGUAAUUUAAGAUACCGAUAUUCUGCACACUGUUAUAUUUUAUCUCGGACCAGUGAUACGGUACUUUAUACUUUCCUGUGACAUAAAGUUUUCCGUGAUAAUGAAAAAGUACUUUUGCAGAUGUUAUUUGUGUGCAUAUUUACUAAAAUAGGUAUUACAAUAGGCAUUACUUGUUUAUAAUAAGUCGUUAGGCAGAGUAAUAGCAAGAAAAAAUUACAAAAAAAAAGAAACAAGAAUAAGAUUUUUACAUACACCAAUUUCUAUGCGUAAAUCAGCAUGAAAUUUUAUGUUAAAUACUUUUGCGAUUGCAAUUUUUCUUAAAAUAAAAAUUAAUAUGACAUAUAUGAUUAUACUGCCAAACGGCUCAAUUUAUCGUAUGAGAAUUCGAGCGUUAAAACGAGUCGACUUUGUGACUCAUAGAAAGUUAUGAAUGUUUACUCGGACACCUGUCUUGUGCGUAGGUAUCAGUAUCAUUGAUGUAAAAUAUUAACUGGCGCAUCGGAACCGCAUCGGAAUAUAUCGAUUACAUUCGCGUUUGUGACCAAUCUGUCGAGUUUCAUUGGUUUUUCUUAUUUCGAGAAGUGUUGAUUGAUGAAGAUUUAGCAUGAGAGUCGUGUAGCGAUAUGCCGAAACAAGUGUCCUUGAAUUAGAUGCAUUGUAAAUAGUAAAGUUAAGUACCGCAGAAGUUAAUGUAGAGAACAUUUUUUACUACACGCGUAAAAGUUAUCGUAAUAUCGUCUUAUUAUUUUCUCGCGCAGUUAUUAUUUAUAUGAUACUGUAAUUGAAUGUAUAAAUUUAACCUUUACUAUGUAAAA